CCGGCGCUCCCCAUCCCUCCGCAUCCCGAGCCCGGCCCUCGGGCGGCGGCAGCGCGCUGCCUUCGCUCAGCGCUCGCCGUGACUCGGGGGCGUUCGCUGUCGUGCGUGGGGGUGUGCCCGUGUCCCUGCCGCUUUGUGUCGCCCAUCCGAGGCGGUUUUUGCUACAUGUGGCAUUUCGCUUGUUAACGCCAACGACGAGCGAUCGUGGUGGUGUGUGAGGCGGGCGGCAGGCGGAUGCCCAGGGAGGACAGCCGAAGAAAUAGCACAUUGGUUCCUCUGCUGGUGCUUGGGCAGAAAGUGUGAGAGAUCUAAAGACCAGGUGGCGUGGGAGGAAGCUGAGAUCCAAGUGACAUAGGGAAGAGGAGAGCUGGAGAUCAGAGGCAGUCUGGGAGAAGAAUGCUAACCACUGGUCCCUAGCAGUGUAUCCUGAUUUCUGAUCAUUUAAAGAAAAAUUCCCAUUUCAGAGAGCAAGCAAGAUUGUGAAAGUAGAGACUACCACACCCCAUCUUCAAAAAAGAAGAUCAAGUCUGGAGUUUCUCUGCCUUCGUCUGAAAUUGUAGGCAUGAUCAAUUUGUUUAAGAGACCUUACAAGAAAAAAGCAGGCAAGUUCCAGCCUUUCAAGAAGCUGUUUGGCAAAAGGAAGAAACGAGAGCCCGCGUCAGAGUGCGAGGAAGGCAAACUCAAGCCCAGCCACUCCUUUGGCAACGUCUGCAACGGCACCUUCUCCUCCGAUGAGGAGCCCAAUGGUGGUCUGAGGUCCUCCCAUUAUUCUAUGGGCAGUCGAGCUUUUUCCCAUGACAGUAUUUUUAUACCUGAUGGGAGAACAGAGAGUGAACAGGCCAUCCAAGCAAUGUCACAGGAGAACGUUUUAGGAAAAGUCAAAACUCUUCAGCAACAGUUGGCCAAGAAUAUAAAAUUUGGGCAGCCUCCACAAAUGACAGUUUCUGUGAGGACAAUGGGGGAGGCAAAUGCCAGUAUAGAAGAGGACGUCUUGUUCAGUAGCCCCAUGGAGAUUGAGACUCAGCAGGACACAGCGAUCCCAGGCAGUGGUAAUAAAUCCACUGACACUCCAGAUUUCUUGAGAACAAUGAACUUGCCUGGAACAGGACAUGAAGUGGAAGAAAAGGUCACUCUAGUCAAAUCAUCUCGUCCAAAGAGACAAUUCUCCUGUUCUGGCACAAUUGAAACAAUCAAUCUGGAUGCAGUUCCCCAGGCUGUUGCUCGUCUAGACAACAGUGCAGCUAAGCACAAGCUGUCAGUGAAGCCAAAAAAGCAGAGGAUGUCAAGAAAGCACAAGAGGUUAACAAAGGGAUCACAAAGUUUAACAAUAACAGAAUUUGAGCCAGACGACCUAGAAACUGAGCUGUAUGGAGACAGAUAUCCAGGUUAUAAUGGACACAUCAUAGCAGACAAGCUAAUCCAGAACAGAGAUGAGCACAAACAGCUUCAGCUGGCAGAGGAGAAAAGAAUUGAAGAUCACUGGGGGAUCUUAGAGGCUGAAAGGAUAAGACAGAUUGUGGAAAUGGAAGAACAAAGAGAAAUGGAAGAACAAAGGUGCCAAGAACUUGAGCAGAUGCAAAAAGAGCAAGAGAGAAGGCGUGAAGAAGAAAAGAGACAGUAUCUCCUUGAAGGAGAGACAUCUUUGAAAAUUGAAGAGCAAACAUGCCCCAAAGAGGAGAGAAGAGUGCUGGAGGCUGAAAAGAGGCAAGAGCUGGAGCAGCAGAGGCAGAAGGAGCUGGAGGAGCAACAGAGACAAGAGCUGGAGCAGCAGAAACUCCAGAAACAAGAGGAACAACAGAGACAAGAGAUGGAGAAGAAGAUGAUCCAGGAGCAAGAGGAGCAACAGAGAAAAGAGCUGGAGGAGCAGAAGCUCCAGGAACAAGAGGAGCAACAGAGACAGGAGCUGGAGGAGCAGAAACUCCAGGAACAAGAGGAGCAGCAGAUACGAGAGGUGGAGGAGCAGAAGCGCCAGGAACAAGAGGUGCAGCAGAUACAAGAGCUGGAGGAGCAGAAGCUCCAGGAACCAGAGGAACAGCGGAGAAGAGAGGUGGAGGAGCAGAAGCACCAGGAAUGGGAAGAGCAGAGAUGUCAGGAGGAGCAGAAGAGGAGGCAAGCGCUAGAGGAGCAGAAGCAUCAGGAAUGGGAAGAGCAGAGGUGCAAAGAGUUGGAAGAGAAACAGAGACAGGAGCUGGAAGAAUUAAGGCAACACAAGACUGAAAAACAGUGUCAAGAGGAAGAAGGAAGAAAUUGGCUGGAAAAACAAAAAGAACUCAGUGAACUACAUAAGGAAGAAAAACAGAGACAAGAGAUAGAAGAGCUUCAGGAAGCUGAAAUGAAACUGAAGCAGGAGAAAGAAGCUGAGAGUCUCAAACAACAGAAGAAACAGGAGGAACAAAGGCAGCAUAUGAAGGAGAAAGGAGAAAAGACAGAGAAGGAACAACCCCAGCAAUUAACGGAUACAAAAAAGAAAAAGGAAGAGCAGAGAAAACACAAGCUCACAAAACAAAUGCACAUGGAAAGUGCAGAGGAUGUGCUACAAGAUGAACUGAAGCAGCAAAAGGAACAAAAUGAACAAGAAUGGAACAAGCUGGAAGAGCAGAAGGUAGACACAGAAGGACAAUUUUUUCAGCAAAAUGAACGAGAAAAAUCCUUAGAACAGCAACAGAACAAGGAUCAGUUGUGUUCUGCAGUGGCUGAUCAGCAUCCGGUAGAGGAGAAACUCCAAGAAGGAUCAAGAUCCCAAAAUCUUAAACAGCCAGAAAAAGAUAAUAAAACAGCAGAAGUCCUAGCCCAGAAACUGAAGAGAGAAGUUGAGGCUCAAGAACAAAAGCGAAUAGGGGAAGAACUUAGAUGGCAAGAGGUAGAUGAAAGACAAACUUCAUCUAGACCUUUCACAUUUCAAGUGUCUUCUGGAGAUAAACAGAUCAUAUUUCAGAAAGUAAAUCUCAGUCCAGUCAUGCCCGUCAAAGCAGCAGGACUCUCUUCUCCACCCAUCAAAGACUGCAGGAUGCACACUUCCAGCAAGGGCUCUCACACACUCCCGUCAUCUGUCUGUGUACCCCACACAGCUAUUUUGGUUACUGGAGCACAGCUGUGUGGCACAGCAGUUAACCUGAACCAGAUAAAGGACACGGCUUGUAAAUCAUUACUUGGCUUAACGGAAGAGAGAAAAAAUGUGGAUAUUCCUUCACCAGAGAAGGCUCAGAAAAAAAAACAGGGCCCCAAACCCAGCAGCAGUAAAAUGAAAUAUGCACAAGAGACAUUGAACAACCAGGCUGUACUAGCUGAGUGGGCUUCUAUCCGCUCCAGGAUCCUAAAGAAUGCAGAAAAUGGCAAAUACAAUGAGAGAGACCGAGUAAGUGUCUGCAGACACAGUGAUGACUGGACACCCCGAGGGCGAGGUGGUCCUCAUGGUAACUUGAGGAAAACCCUCUCUGCAAAUGCAAAGUUCUCUAUAACACCAGCAUGGCAGAAAUUUUCAGAAGCCUCAAAACACAGUUCAGAUACUGAGAAUAUAAGUGUGGCAAAAGGCAAUGAAACAGGGGCUGUGGGAAGAACCACUGGCUCACCCGCUGAUUCGAGGGAGGGUGCAGCUUCCACUUUUAAGGAUAACUUAGCUGAAAAGGCUAAGGAGAAAAUGGAAACCCAUAGUGAAAAGACAGACAACACAGAAGGCUGUAAAUUUGCAAAAGAUCUUCCAUCUUUCCUUGUUCCAAGUUUUCCUCAUUCUCCGGGUAAAGAAUUACCCCAGGCAGAACUUUCUGGUGCUCUGGAAAAUCAGCAGAAUAGCAGCACAAAAAAGGCAGAUAAACCAGCACCAAAUGGAGAAGAAAAUGUUUCUCCAUUUGGGAUAAAGUUACGAAGGACGAACUACUCCCUGCGUUUCCAUUAUGAUCAACAAGCAGAACAAAGGAAAAAGAAAAGAUACAGUGCAGGAGAUAGUUUUGAUGGUGUGCCUGACCCGUUAGUUACAACAGAAGGUGAGAAAGAAUCCUCUGUUUUUAUUGCACAAGACAGUACAUCCCCUGGCACGGGGAGACCCCACGUCCCUGGUAUUUUAAAAGACUCAAAAGACUCUUCAGCUACUGUGGUGGAGAUGUCACAACCAGCAGGCACACCAGUGGUCCUACCAACCACCGGCCAGGGUGCUUUACCCCCUCAUGAGAAACCAGCAUGCAAGUCACUGGGCCCACAGAAACCUGCUUUAGCUCCAAAGCCCACCAGCCAGACACCACCAGCGUCUCCUCUCUCUAAAAUGAACAGAUCCAGCCUAGCUGAUACGCCAGGGCAAAGGCUGGUUAAAGCUGAAUCGGACGGUGGCUGGAGAAAAGAAGACAGAGCAAAUGCAGUGCACCAUCCCACACCAUCCAGUGAGUACAAAAACGAAGAGGAAGAAAUCAGAGAAAAGAAGUCGUUUUUCCCAUCUAUAAGUAUUCCAUGGAGAGAAAAAAAUGACAAAAAGCCUGAGCCAUUGAAAAAAGAAAAACCAGUCCUCCAGAGCAGGCACUCUUUAGAUGGCUCUAAAUUGAUGGAAAAAGUUGAAACUUCACAACCACUUUGGAUUACAUUAGCGCUGCAAAAGCAAAAGGGAUUUCGUGAGCAGCAAGCUACGAGGGAAGAGAGAAGACAAGCCAGAGAGGCGAAGCAAGCAGAAAAGCUGGCUAAAGAAAAUGCUGCUGGAAGUAAUCAGUCAGAUAAUAAAAGCAGCAGCAGCAGCAGCAAAACAAGCACACUGCAGAAAUCUACAACUCAAGAAGGGGAAAAGAAAAUUGAGACUGCUGUGUCAAGACUAGAAAGAAGGGAACAGCUAAAAAAGUCGAACACCCUUCCGACCUCUGUGACAGUGGAGAUUUCAGAUUCUGUUCCAUCAAACCCACUGACAAAGGAGGUGGCCAAGAGAUUCUCUACACCUGACACCAACCCCGUGUCAACAGAACCAGCCUGGCUUGCGUUAGCCAAGAGGAAAGCAAAAGCCUGGAGUGACUGUCCACAGAUCAUAAAGUAAACUGUAAAAUUCCAUCUCUCUUGCUGACUAUUAAUUGCUUUCUUUUUAUUUAUUUAGCUUUUUACACGAUAAAACUCAAGAUGCAUGCAUUGAAGGACUGAAAACUGAACUGAUUACCAUUUUGCUCUAGCUCACUGUAAAGUCUGCUCAAGUCAUAUAUUCCAUUGCCUUGACGAAUAGCUAAAUGAGGUCACGGCAAAAAUUUCAGAGCCAAACUCUAUAAAAAAUUUAAGAAUACUCAGAUCACAAAAAGGACCAGAACUUCAGUUCAGAAGCCGUGAGUAUUGUUUUGGCAUUUUAGAUCUCUGCAGUUAAGUGGAGAUCUCAGAAUUUAUUUUCAAUACUCCAUUGUUGAAAAUUAAGGCAAGAUGCAUGUUCCCUUCUCUUACUCUGAUUGCUUUAAGUGUUAAACUGUAUGAACUGUCAGUUCUACCUGCUGUUUGAAAGCUUCUUCCCUAAUGAAGAACUCCAGGAGAUAUCUUUCCAUCUGCAAAUGAUAAGUAGAAAACUAGUACCAUCCAAAUGUUGAGGUAACUUCUUUUCUCAUAGGAUUAAUGCACUACGUCUAUACUCCCUCACUCCUGGGAAGAAAAAAAUUCAUCCUACUUAACAAAAAAACCCAUUAUUUAAACAAAAGUCAGCAAGUUUUCAGAAAGAAGCCAGUGAGCCAUUGUUUCUUCUAGUCAUUUAAGUGCAUCACUGUUUGUGCUUGGCCAUAUUUAAGAUGCACAGUGAUUGCUGAUUACAACUUAAAAUCCAUCAACUGGAACUAAAAGAAGUGAAACUACUCCUGCGCUCACGUAACUGUAGAAUCAGUCCCAGUAAGUUCCCACAGGAGUAAGACUUGAAGUUAACUUAGAACUGAAAGCUAAGUCAGUGAGAGUCUCAAGAGUUUUAACUCUGCAUUCUUUCUGACUUUACUCCACAAGUAACUUCAGGUAGUUCAGAUGACUUCCUGUAUUUUGACCAAUACGGCCACAAACUUCAGAAAUAAGUUUACUUACCUACCCCAUCUCAAGUAUCUGAUGUGGCAGUUGAACACUUUAUUACUUCUUGUAACUAAAAUAGAAAUGCUCACCCCCUCCCUCUUACAAAAAGGGAUAAAGUCCACACUGUAAUAAAAAUAUUACUAUCCUCAACAUCUCACAGAAAUAGCUAGGAUUACCUUUUAAAAAGUCAGCCCAGUAAAUAGAUCUGUAAGACACCUAAGUUUGUUUUACAAGGAAGUCUUUAACAAAUUUGAAUGUCUCCCUUUUACAACCACAAGACUCAAAGGAACCUUUAAGCUUACAUCAUCAUAAAAGGAGACAUUUUCAUGAGAAGUUGCAUCAUUACAGACUGAUACCACAUAUGUUUCAUGGAAGCAUUUUAGCCAAACUGCUCUAUGCAGCAUGAGAAGUAGCACUUUAAAUCAUGCAGAAAACAGAAUGAAAUCUGCCAUAUCCUUCUCUUCCAAGAAUCGAAAAGGGCUUGUCAGCAAAAGCCAUUAUUGAAUACACCCUUUCCCACCAAACAGAAAACCACGGUUCACUAUCAUGGUUACAACAGCACAAACACAGUGGACGUGUUCGAUUGAGUAGAUGUGCAGCAGCAAGAUGGGGGUUUUUUGGGUCUCUUAAGCCAUCAGUUUUGCUCAGUUUCCUAUUUAAAACCAGAAUCUCUAAAGUAACUUUUUACCCUUAAUAUAAGUGUUUGAAGUGUCUUAUACAGAGAUGGGGCAAUGCUGCUCUCAAAUGCUUGGGGGAAAAAAAACCCAGAACACUUAGCGCCUUCAAAGUCAAAUCUCUGCCAGCUUAUCUGGAGAAAGAAUCAGGCCUAUAAUUAUUUUUGUUCUGCUAGCACCACGAAUUAGUGCUUAAGUUAAAUCUACACUUUUUUCGAGUUUAUAAGACUGCAGUAUGUAUUUGUAAUUACAAGAACUAAACUGCCUAAAAUCCAUCUUUAUGAUUAUUGGGAGAAGGAGCCAGGCAGAAAUAUAGAGAAGAUGAAGUAAAUCAGGAUUAAAGAAUUAAGGAUACUGGUAUUCUGAAAAGCAUAGCAAAAUUAGGUGCUAUCAUGCAUGACAUAAGGAUGCAAUUUUCCAAUACAGUAAAUUUAUAGCACAUUGAAUAGAACUUUCAUUAAGGAUGGUCUUAAUCUAAAGCUUCAAAGCAGAGGUUUUUUUUCAACCAUAAAGGUAUCUAGUGUAAUAAUGGAAACUGUAUUAUGUACAGUACUUGGUGGAAACAUUUCUAAAGUGUACAUGUUCAACAGUGACAUUUCAUGUUAAAUUAACAAAAAAUUGCACUAAAUACCAAUGAAGUGAAGUGUUACUUUGCUUUAGCUUUGUUGCAACCAUUUCUGAUAAAGUGUUGGAAAUCUGUAAAAAUAAAACCAAAACAUUACUACUGAGUUUAAAACAGCAAAAAUGUUUUAAGAACCGAACAAACCACUAUGUAGUAUAUUGUCUCAAUUUUUUGUAACUUAUACACACAAAAUACCAUUUCUUCUGAAAGGUUAUGUACAAUUAACCUCUAUGUUCAUAUAGUAAUGUAUAAAAACUAUAAGAUGUAUAAUUGUGGGGUAUUUGUUGUGUACUUUUUUAAUUUUUCAAAUGUUUUAAAGUGCAAUUGUUUAUUAUACUAAUGUCAUUUUAAUUCUUAUUAAACUAUAACCCAGUCAAAAUUA